AAAACCCUAGUCAUUUCUGCAACGAAUUGUUCCCAAUCCAGACCUCUCUCGCACUCAACAGCGGCGGAGAGACUCGCGGGCAAGGAAGGAAGGUAAGGAAGAAUGGCGGCUCCCGGCGAAGUCAUGAAGGCUUGCACUGUGAAGGAUGUAUCUCCUCACGAGUUUGUCAAGGCCUAUGCCGCUCACCUCAAGCGGUCUGGCAAGAUAGAGCUGCCCCCAUGGACAGAUAUUGUCAAGACUGGUAAAUUGAAGGAGCUUGCACCAUAUGAUCCUGACUGGUAUUACAUUAGAGCUGCCUCAAUGGCAAGGAAGGUGUACCUGAGGGGAGGCUUGGGCGUGGGAGCUUUCCGAAGAAUCUACGGCGGAAGCAAAAGGAAUGGAAGUCGACCGCCCCAUUUCUGCAAAAGCAGUGGUGCUAUUGCCAGACAUAUUCUUAGUGAACUACAGAAGUUGAACAUUGUGGAAGUUGUUCCCACUGGUGGAAGGAGAAUCACCUCAAAUGGACAGCGGGAUCUCGACCAAGUUGCUGGACGGAUUAUUGUUGCCCCUUGAUGAGUGAGCAGGUGCGAGUGCAAAUCAUGCCAAGGGUUUGUUGUGGGCAAAUUUUGUUGGGAUAUAUAGUGUAGGCCUUUACCUAGUGGUCAUUGUCUUUCAAAGAUGUGCACUCAAUCCAGUAAUCUAUCGACCAUUAAGCAGAUUUUCGCCAAUGUCAUUCCAUUUAUGUAUUGUCCUGUUAUUGUUCCGAGAGACAACCCCGUAUGCUCGUUUCUCCUUUUAUUCAUGGUUUUCAUAUUAUUACUGAUGUUUUGCCAGUCGAAAGUUGUUGAUCGUGAUGAAUUGGUUCUAUACUUCUAUCUGAAUAUAAUUUUUGUGAGGGUAGAGUUGCCAUUCACCAACUUGCCGUAGCUUGAUUGACAUUCAGAAUAUCUCAAUAAGAUUUCGUCAACCCUAA